AUGGUCGGGUAUAACGCUGUGGGGCUUCAGAUGCCAUUAGAUCACUAUACAGCUGCUGUUAGUGUGGUUUCUCGUAAAUUAUUUUCUCCUCGAUUUGUGGAAUCAACUAUUGUAAGCAGACAAACAGUGGAUAUAUUGUCUGUGAAUUCGGGGAUGCAUGAUAAGUGUACAGAUACUUAUCUGGAAUUCAUCAUAAAGGAAUGUAAGGUUGGGCGGUAUGAUAAACUAUCGUGCUUUUUUAAUGGAGUUGAUCCUAGCAGUAUUGAAGCAGCAUAUUUCACUAAUUCAAAGGCGGAACAGAAGAGACGUAUGAUGGCUGCUACAGCAAACGGCGUUAAUACAUGCUUCAAACUAAUGCUGGAUGUCACAUCUGUUAGUGAAUAUGUUUUGAACAAUCUGCGGCAGGUGUCGUGGUGCGUGACGGUGGUGGUGGUGAGCGACGACCUCACCUUCCUCGCCACCUUCGCCCAGUGGUCCCUCAAGGGCCGCCUCCUGGUGUGGUCGACGAGGCUCCUGGUCGUCACCCGCCUCCCCCUCCACCACCUGCACCACCUCCACACGCUCCUCUCCAACACCAACUCCAUGUUGAUCAUAUAUGAAGAAUCGCUCCAGAGUAUCAGGUGCGGGGUGUACCUGCAGGUGCCGUACAGUCCCCUGGGCGCCCAUGCAUUGAGGGUGGCCUCCUGGACGCCCCAACGAGGCCUCGCCCUCACUUCCCGCCUCCCAUUCUUCCCAGACAAGUUCUCAAGAUUUCUAGAACGUCCAGUACUUGUAGCAGUGACAGAGGUGAAUCCACUUAACAAAUUAAUUACUGAGGCAGUAGCUUCCUGCCAUGGAGGUCACCUGGACGCAUUCUCGGGUCCUGUUCCCAAACUCAUGGACUUCCUCGCCAGUGCUCUAAAUUUUUCGUUCACGUAUGCCCGCCCUCCAGACGGCUCCUGGGGCUUUAAGCACGAGGACGGGUCCUGGACGGGCAUGGUGGGCAUGGUGGAGAGGAGGGAAGCUGACAUUGGUGUUGGUCCCUUUGGAGUAAGUGCCACCCGUGCUGAGGCGGUGGACUUCACUGGCCCCAUAUUGAUUGAUUACUGGAGAAUAUUAGGGGGUCGAGGGCGGCCAGAGGUGGACCCGUGGAGCUUCGCGCUGCCGCUGGAGCCGUCGGUGUGGGCGGCCACCCUGGCAGCGCUGCUGGGGAUACCGGCGCUCAUGUGGCUCGUCUCGUCAUGUCUUGCAAUCAGGAGCGGCCAGGAGUGGAACUGGCUCAACGACACCUUCUCUUUCAUCCGCGUAGUUUUACAGCAAGACCUGCCGCUGCCUCAGGGGUGGUGGUGGGAGCGGGAGCUGGUGGUGUUGUGGAUGCUGGUGACGCUGGUGUUGACGAGGAGCUACUCCGGCAACCUCAUGGCUCUCCUGGCGGUGAUGCACGUCCCUCAGCCCUUCCAGUCCCUCCAGGACGUGCUCGACCACUCAUCUGUUAUCACCAUAUGGGAGACUGAGUCGGCCAGCGUGCAGUAUUUACAUUCCGUUGAGUCCGGCAUCUUCCGCGAUAUAGCAAACCUGGAAAAGAAAGGUCGUGUGGUUUACAGAACACAGUCACAGUUUGAGGAGACCAUCGACACCUUGGUGAGGUCCGGUCACCACGUCCUCAUGGAAGUAGACAUGAGCAUAAAAGCUUAUGUGGCACAAGACUUCACUCGCACCGGAAAAUGUUCUUUCUAUGAAUCCAGAGAAGAGUUCUUGCCUUUGAUGUUUGCACUGAUCGGUCAAAAGAACAGUCCUCUUGUUCCUGCUCUAAGUAGAAGGAUAAUGACGGUAGCGGAGGCUGGCCUCUUCUCCCACUGGAUGAAGGAAGAUGAGCCAAACUCUACUGUGUGUUAUCGUGCACCAUCUAAGAUCACUGUACAAUCAUCUCUCUCCAUUAAGAAUCUUUGGGGAAUGUUCGUGGUGUUUUCUAUCGGUAUCUGCCUUAGCCUGUUGGUAUUAUGUUUGGAAAUUGUUACCCACUACACGUCUAAUGUGAAAAAAUAG